AUGUCGGACGUUCAGGUUCUGAAGCCCGAGAAGGACUUUUCCAAGGAUGCCGACAAGAUUAUCCCGGAGGCGGAGCAGCUUGGUAAAACCGAUGCUCAAGCGGCUAUUGACAAGCUCCUUCUCUUAGAGAAGCAGGCCAGACAGGCUUCCGAUCUCGCUACUACAUCUAGAGUACUCAUUGCCAUCGUCACGAUCAGCAAGAACUCCGGCGACUGGAACCUACUAAACGACCAAGUGCUUCUCCUCUCCAAGAAACAUGGACAACUCAAGCAGGCGACAACAAAGAUGGUGCAGGUGGUUAUGGGAUUUUUGGAUGAGACACCCAACACGGAAGUCAAACUGUCUGUCAUCGAAACGCUGCGGACCGUGACCGAAGGGAAGAUUUUCGUUGAAGUCGAAAGAGCCCGUAUCACCCGUAUUUUGUCCAACAUUAAGAAGAGCCAGGGGGAUCUGAAUGCGGCGGCCGAUACCCUGUGCGAACUUCAAGUGGAGACCUUCGGCUCUAUGGCAAGGAGAGAGAAAACAGAGUUUAUCCUCGAGCAAGUCGCUCUCUGCAUCGAGCGUGGCGACUGGACCCAGGCCGCAAUUCUAAGCCGGAAGAUCAGCAAGCGCUACUUUGCCCGCAAGCCCAAGAAGUCACCCGAGGAAAUCGAGAAGCUCAAGAAAGAGGCCGAGGAGAAAGAAAAGACCCGUAGCCCUGAUGAGCCGCCGGUCGAAAUCGAUGACGAUGUCACAGAUCUCAAGUUACGCUACUACGAGCAACAAAUCAUCCUCUCGAAUCACGAACACAAAUAUCUUGAUGUCUGUAAACACUACCGGGAGGUUCUUGACACAGAGUCUGUGGAGAAUAAUCCAGAACAACUGCGAGCGGUUCUUGCCCGUAUCGUCUAUUAUAUCGUCCUUUCUCCCUAUGACAAUGAGCAAUCAGAUCUCCUGCAUCGCAUCAAACAGGACUCGCGGCUCUCUGUUGUUCCAGUGGAAUCUCGGUUGUUGAAAUGGUUCACCAUUCAAGAGUUGAUGCGGUGGCCUGUCGUUGUUGAAGAGUUCAGCUCUCACCUUUGCAACACUGACGUCUUUGAUACCCAGUCGGGGCAGUCUGCCGACGACCAAGCUUUCAAGAGAUGGCAAGAUCUUCGCAAGCGUGUCAUCGAACACAACGUCCGUGUGGUCGCCAAGUACUACACGCGCAUCCAGAUGGGCCGUCUCACCGAGUUGCUGGACCUGAACGAGGAGGAGACCGAAAAGUACAUUUCCGAGCUGGUCACCUCGAAGACCAUCUACGCCAAGAUCGACCGCCCCGCACGGCUGGUCAAUUUCGCCAAACCACGCGAUGCCGAUGACGUGUUGAACGAAUGGAGUAGCGAUAUGAAGAGCCUUCUCGGCCUCCUGGAACGUAUCGAUCACUUGAUCACCAAGGAGGAGAUGAUGGCCAGAAUCCUUCCUACAACCAAGGGAGAGAAGACCAAGGCUCGUUAG